AUGGACACCUCGCUCGAGAACACACCGCCGCCGCCGCGCCGGUUCUUCGACGUAGGUCCGCUGGCGUUCAACACCGAAGAUGACGAGGAAGCAAGAGUUCAGUUGAUCGUGUGGGUCAUCUCGGGGACAUUUGUCUUAACCGCGCUUGUGAUUUCCGUGAAGCUCAUUCGAAACCACUUGGUGUACUUUGCCAAACCUUUGGUACAGCGCAAGAUCAUUGGCAUUCUGUGGAUGGUUCCGAUCUACGCGACAACGUCGUGGCUGUCCCUUCGCUUCAAGGGAUGGUCCUUGUUUCUCGACAUGUUGCGCGAUUGCUACGAAGCGUAUGUGAUUUAUUUAUUCCUGGCGCUGAUGGUGGCGUACCUUGGGGACGGCAGCGACGACCGCGUCGUGCGGAUCCUACGGACGUUGCCCGACCUCCCGCACCCGUUCCCGUUCAAUUACUGCAACCCACCCAUCAAGAUGGGCAAGCGCUUCCUCCGCGACUGCAAAAUGGCCGCGAUGCAGUUUGUGGUGCUCAAACCCCUCACUGGGUUUGCUGCCAUCCUCUUGGAGCGCUUUGACCUGUACGGCCAAGGCCACUUUGUGGUCAACCGAGGGUACCUAUACCUGUCGUUGAUCAUCAACGCCAGUGUCACAUAUGCGUUCUACUACCUCGUGCUGUUCUACUUGGCCCUGGGCACGCAUCUGAAACCAUUCAACCCCGUGCCCAAGUUUCUCUGUGUCAAGGCGGUGCUGUUCCUAUCGUACUGGCAGAGCGUCGUGCUGGCGUUCCUGUCUCGGUUUGCGAUCAUCCACGAGCUCGGGACGUGGACCACCGACGACGUCACCAACGGCAUUCAAAACGUGCUCAUUUGCUUUGAAAUGAUGGUCAUCGCAGUCGUGCACACGUACGCAUUUCCGUUUGAAGCGUUCAAGGACGACGACAUGAUGUUUGCCAACGCGAUGGACGGCGGCACCUUGCGCGACAGCAUCCUGUCCGAGAACUUUGCCUUUGACGACGCCCUCCGCGACUUCAACGAGGUCAUGCCCAUCGUCCUGCCGUCGGGGUUCAAACCGUCGUCCAACUCGAGGCGCACCGACAAGCUGCUGUCGCCCCCUCGCGGCGGCAAAGUCACGAAAACCAAAGUACCCGCCUCGAUCAAACAUGGCCAUGCUGCUGCCGUCACCCCAGAAGACGCGGAUCGAGGGUGGAAACUGUAGGGAUAUACUCUUAUGUCGUACCGUUCAAGGUGCAUUUUGCUAGUAUUUUUCCAUCGUUUGUGCCCUGUGAGUGUCAAAUGUACAACCACGGACCCCACUUUGGUGAGCAAAUCCCUCCCCAAGUCUGCAAAGUACAUCAGUACCAUCCAAACAAGGCUUCAAUAACGUUAUCGUGGUCACGGAACUCCUCUUGUGGCUUUGACGCCUAAAUACAUAUGGGGUGUCGACAUAAGUUGUGUCUACCCCAUCAAAUUGUUAACGUUAGGUAGAAAUUGUUAACUAUUACUACGUAUUAGGGGCCUCUUGGGAAGAUGCAUCACUGUAACUUCUUUAUUACUGAAGC